AUGGCUCCUCUCGAGCUCGAAGUCCCCGUCUUCUCCCCUGCCUCUGCGCAAGUGGCACUCACUAGAGCAAAACGCAUUGAGCUCAACCGAGCGGGCUCAUAUCCCAAGGGUGGCCUCACACCUGAGUUUUCCGAUGUGCAGAGUCUUUCGGCAGUGCCCAUCCCGCUAAGGAUCAUGAUCAGGCCACGUGGCCCUCCAGAAGACGGCCCAGACUUCAUCUACUCGCCCGGCGAGCUCGAGGAGAUGAGACGUGAUAUCCAGACCUUCAAAGACUCCGGAUACCUGCGGACAGGAAGGGAUGACGGCUUCGUGUUCGGGAUUCUGGAAGCACGCAAUGAGGCGGAAAGAGAUUUGCUCGUCGACGUCAACCGAAACUCAGAGCUCGUCCGGCUGGCGAGCCCCUUCAAGUGUGUUUUUCAUCGGGCCUUUGACGAGGUCUUGGGUGGCGGCGGCGCCGUGGACGAGACAGUACGGUCUGUCAAGGCGUGUGGGUUCGAUGGGGUGCUCACCUCGGGCGGGCCGGGCUCGGCGGUGGACAACCUGGGCGCGCUGACCCGGGUCGUCCAUGCUGCCGCUGGGGAGCACAUCGAGGUCAUCGUGGGAGGCGGCGUCAGGAGCUCCAACGCACAAGUGCUGAGUGAUAAGCUGCCGCGGCUUCAGGGCUCACGCGUCUGGUCUCACUCGUCCUGUUUGACCAGGCACUCUGUAGAUGUUGUUGAUGCGGACGAGUUGAACAAACUCGGGGAUAUACUAUCCUAA